AUGGCUCAUCUUCCUCAACAUAGAGACUGUCAACAGGAGAAGUUAGACAGAGUCUUAGGCCUUGUUGCCUGCAGCAACUUCCGGAUCCUGAAUGCACUCUCGGUGAUGAGGAACCAGACCCACGUGGACGUCACCUGCUCCAACGGAUUCUCCUACCUACCGAACACAUCAGGCAAAUAUUUCCAUGACAAAGUACCAUUAGACAUAGGACUGUGCAUGCAGACCCUCUGGAUUGGCCAGAGGCGAGAAUUCAGUACGCCUCUCCCUGCUCCCCUGAACAGCGGUGCGGAGAUUAUAGUGGAGGCAGCUGCAGAUGGAGUCAGCAUCCCUGCAAUAUAUCUGUUCGCCAAGGAUGACAGUAAAACGGUGUUUUAUCUGAUUGUUCGAUGGUCGCCCUAUACCAUCGUCUACAAUACUGCUGAGGGGUCAUGGGGAACUGAAGUGAGGUCUACCAGCCCUCUGCUCACACCAAAUGUGACGUCAAUUCUAUCAAUCAAGAUGACAGAGACUCAGUUUCUGAUAUCCAGCGACAAUGACAGUCAAUUCCAGGCUCCAAUAAGGUUUCCUCUGCAAGAGGCCAUCACCCUUCAAGUGGCCUUCACAGUCAUCAAACGAGUACAGAUAAAAUAUCGAUAAGUGGAAAAUAUACACUACAAAUAUUGUUCUGAUUUUCAUAAGUUUGGUAAUAACAUUAAGCUUACAUAAUAGAAAACGGCUUUUGUAAAAAAUCCUGAUACCCAAAAAAAUUUCUUGGGGACAUAAUCGAACGAGUGGAAAUAUAUUUAAUUAUGUUUUACAAAUAAUGUACUGAUGCCAAAACAUUUAGGAAAAAAAAUAAUUCACUUUUGAACAAUUAUAUUUUGUCAAUUAUUCUGAAUCUUCGUCAUUAUGAAACUAGCAAUGUUCAAUAAUUAUUAGCAAAAAAUAAUAUACAAUGAAAAUAAUGUGUUAGUAUUGAUAUCUCCUCACCAGAAACAAGAAUCGAGUGAGCUAAAACUUUCAUGAUCUGUAUUUCGGCUAUAUUGUAUCCAUAAAAUCUGUUCAGUGAUACGGCAAAAAAGGGAAGAUAAAGAAACGAGGUAACAAAGAGUAGCUUUCCCAGCUGGAUUUACACGAUCCCUACUAGUGUUGGCGGUCAUUGACAAACUUAGCAAGGUGUUAAAAGAACACAUGUUCUUCAAUUAAAAACGUCUAAGCACAUUUCUGUCCCGUACCGUUAUAUUGCUGGAGUGUUGGUAAUAAACGGCGUAAAAUAAACUGACUCAGUGGAUGAAAACGUGGUAAGAACUGGAAACAAGUGAAGCUUCAUAUGUUUUAAAAUUGUACAAGAAGAUCAAAUCACAGUCAGUUGCUUAAUAUGUCUGUCAGACAUUGGCAUUGUCAAAUACUCAUGCUAUAUACGAGUGAGUGAGUGAGUUUAGUUUUA